AAUGUUGGUUCAUAUGCAUUACACAAACAAACAUUGUUUGUAUGAUAUGUAAGCGAUAUAUGAAUAUAGAUUGACAAAACAUAAUACUGAAUAUCCGUUUCCUCGCAAAACAAAUCCAUUUAUUUUGUUGUCUUCAGUUGUCAUCAAUUAAUUGUCAUCAAUGAAACCGUAUGUACUUCACGGCCACGAGAGGGCCAUCACUCAGAUUAAGUAUAAUCGAGAGGGAGAUCUGCUUUUUUCGGCGGCCAAAGACAGCACACCUAACGUAUGGUAUACUAUAAAUGGCGAGCGUUUGGGUACUUUUGAUGGACAUCAGGGCGUGGUUUGGUCUAUUGAUCCCAAUUGGGAUACAACUCGUUUGGUGACCGGUGGCGGUGAUUCUACUCUUCGCAUUUGGGACAUUGAGACCGGCAAAGAACUGAACAAAAUCGACACCAAUACAAGUGUCCGAAGCUGUAGUUUCUCGUAUUGCGGUAAAAUGAUUCUCUAUACCACCGAUCAGGCCAUGAAAAUGUUACCCGAAUUACACAUCAUUGACAUCACAAAUGGCGAUCACAUUAGCGGCAAAUCGACAGUUAUGUCAAUCAAAGAGUUAGGAAUGUCUAAAGUGACGUCCAGUUUGUGGGGACAGUUGGAUGAGUCUAUUAUAACUGGCCACGAAAGCGGUCAUAUUGUCAAUUGGGAACUAAGACAACCAAAGAAAAAAAGUAAAGAUGUUUUUGUUCACAAGCUUCAGAUCAAUGAUCUACAGUAUAAUAGCGACCAAACAAUGUUCAUAUCGGCCUCAAAGGACACGACAGCAAAACUUUUUAAUACACAUAAUUUGGAGCCAUUGAAGACUUAUCAAACAGAACGUCCAGUAAAUUCAGCGGCAGUUUCACCGAUUAGAGAUCACGUAGUAUUAGGUGGUGGUCAGGAAGCCAUGGAAGUAACAACAACUGCCGCACGUUCCGGCAAAUUUGAGGCCAGAUUUUUCCAUACGAUUUUCGAGGAAGAAUUUGGUCGCGUAAAGGGUCACUUCGGUCCCAUUCAAUCCCUGGCCUUUCAUCCCGACGGCAAAAGUUUUAGUAGCGGUGGUGAAGACGGUUAUGUCCGCAUUCAGGCAUUUGAUUCUCCAUAUUUUGACUUUAAAAUUGAAUGUUAAUCAUAGGAUAUAUUUAUAUAAUUAUUGAUCUUAUUUUUAUUAAAUAAUUUCUUUAAAAUUACCCUAUAUUUUACUAUUUAUUACUAUACAUAUCGUGC